AUGCCGCCGCCCGUCGGUAGAUACGCGCCCUCAGGACUUGCUGGCCCAUUCCCCCAUCUCCCUCAGAGCCACCUCCAACAACAGCAGCAUUCGCAACAGCACCACGCAACUCAUGCACAGACUCCCAAUACGGGGCUUCCCCCACCUUCCCUAGGCGGCCACCCUGGCUUUGGUCCUGCGAGUACAAAUUCAAACAUAAACCCAUUCGCCAUUCCUGGAGCUAAUGGGAUGGGCGUGGUGGGGUUCCCCGCGGGCCCUUCUACCGCUGGUAUCCCUGAUGGAGGAGGGACGGGUCUAGCGAGUCACGCAGCACAGAUGGGGUUUGUGAGGGGUGCGCAGAUACAGCAACAGCAGCAGCAGCAACAGCAGCAGCAACAGGCGCAUUUGGGUCAUGACAACCGCUUAUCCGUGGAUGGAAAAAGUGCUGGUACAAACUCAAGGAUACGAGACGUCUGGAAACACAACUUGGCACAGGAGAUGCAGGUUCUAAGGUCGUUAGUGGAUAAAUAUCCUUACAUUAGCAUGGAUACUGAAUUCCCUGGUAUUGUCGCGCGGCCGAUGGGUAGUUUCACUACAAAAGCCGAUUAUCAUUACCAAACAUUACGAUGUAAUGUUGACCUUCUGAAAAUGAUACAAUUGGGAAUAACGCUAUUUUCGGAAAGUGGUGAAGUUCCUCCCGCCAUACCACUAGAUUCUAAUGCCCAAUACGCGGCAAAUCUCGGUCCAGCGCCCUGCACUUGGCAAUUCAACUUCCAAUUCUCAUUGGAAGGUGACAUGUAUGCGCAGGAGUCUACAAGCAUGCUAGCGAAGGCCGGCAUUGACUUCGCCAUGCAUGAAAAGAAUGGCAUUGAUCCACAUGAUUUUGGUGCGCUUCUGAUGACGUCUGGAUUGGUUCUCAUGGAUGACGUACAUUGGAUUUCGUUCCAUUCAGGCUAUGAUUUCGGGUAUUUGAUGAAGAUUAUGCUGUGCAAACCUUUACCUGACGACGAGAAGGAAUUCCACAAACUCCUCACCAUCUUCUUCCCAUCCGUCUACGAUAUCAAAUAUCUCAUGAAGCACGCCGGUCGCAACCAAACCGUCAACGGAUCCCCACUCACCCAAAGCGCAGCUCAGAUCAUUGCAAAUCUUGGUCAGAAGUCUGGCCUCCAGGAUAUUGCGGACGAACUAGGGGUGAAGCGGGUUGGUAUUGCACAUCAAGCUGGAUCAGACUCACUAGUGACCGGCGAAAUAUUCUGGAAAAUGCGUCAGCUGGUAUUCAAUGGUUCGAUUGAUGAAGAGAAAUACUCGGGCCAGAUCUGGGGCUUGAACGGGCAGAUAACCGCCACGCCUUACCACGGUGCCAGUCAGGCUCAGCAAACACCCAAUCUCAACGGAGCUACAGUCUACUCCAAUGCAGGUACGCCAAGUACACCAAAUACAGGCCACGCGGGGCUAACAAAUGCGCAAACACCCGCAGCUCAAACGCAACAUGCUAGCGUUGGUCCAUUAACUCCAGGCGGCGGAGGAGGAGUGUUCGGUACCUUCCAAUUUGGAAAGUCGUGA